AUGUUCAACUUGAUUAUUAGGGCUCAGAGCAUACUGUCUCGAAAUUUCAUAUCGAAGCAGAUUGUGAAUAACCAAAGGUCAAUCUUUAGAUUUAAAUCAUCACUUCCAGAUAAUUUCAAUCCAAAAAGAGACUUACCGUCGGAAGGUGAAUGGAAGCACAUAAAGCACCACAUUCCAGGAGAGUCUGUGCAAAAAAAUGAUUUGGGAAGCAGAGUCCCCAGAUUUCCGUUGACGAAAGAAAUCGUCCCCACCUUGUUGCCAAGGCCAGGGGUGCCCCAAGUGGGCCCAAAGACAUCCUUCAAGCAGGUUUUAGAGAUCUUGAAGAGAAAGACAAAGCCAGAAUUAAUUUAUGAAGCUGAACCGCACAGACUUUACUUUUUGUCAUCCAUUUGCUUUGCCUUGAUGUUCACUGCCUAUGGGUUGGUCUUGUUGGAGUAUGGAGUGUUUGAAUCGACAAAUAGGUACGAAUUGAAUGAAAGGGAGUUGAGUCCAGAGCUAUUAAAGAGAGAAUGGUACUUCGAUGUUAUAAAAUUUCUGGUUCCGGGGCUCAUAGUACUCAGAAUUGCGUUGGCUAUAGUCAGAAUUCCACAGAGAUUAAUAAGAAGAAUGUGGUUCUUACCUGGCAAGGGUGGAGCAGAAUUCAUCAGAUUCACGCUGUAUCCGUUAUUCCCCGGCCAAGCAACACCAGUGUACACUGUACCUUUGUCUAAUUUAACAAGACAUGCAAAGGCCAAAGUGUGGACUGGGAAAGGUUUUUAUGGUACUGCAGAUAACUCGCAUUUCUUCUUUGCAUUGAAGGAAACCAACCCAACCACCAAGAAGACAAAGAGUUGGAUUGUUGACAGAAAGGGAUUUUUCUGGAGUGAUGGGCGAGUAUUUGAUGUCUUGUUUGGAAAAGAAAGUGUAGCAGAGGCUGAAUUGGGGGUGCCAUACGACGAACAAAUUGGUGUAAUUAACCGUGGGGUCAAGAAGCAAAGGCAACAGUUGCGCGAGAAGCAUGGAUUUUUUUACAGGUACAAGCUUCAGGGCAAAGAGAUGAAGAAAGAUAUUGGAAAACUAGGCAAGUUUGUAGGAGAGAAAGUUGGUAUCGAGGGAAAGAAAGAUUCUGACGAUAAGAAUUUAUUAGGGAAGGGAAAGAAGUAA